GGUGAACUCUUUGAACAACAGUAGGAUUUAUUGAAUAGUUGAAAAUAUAAGAACAUUACAAAAUUAACACAAUGGAACCGUCAAGUGAUUCGAGUUGCUCAGCGUUCCACACAGCGGACACAGAUAGUGAGCAUCAAGCGCCAUCUCAUCUGGAUGUGGAGCUGGAAGAGGGGCCAAUGUGUAGUACGGAUUGCCAGCAGAAGAACAAAAAGCGAUUUACAGUCAAGAAAUGGAAUGCGGUGGCCAUGUGGGCCUGGGAUAUUGCCGUAGAUACUUGCGCCAUUUGCCGCAAUUCCAUCAUGGAUCUGUGCAUCGAAUGUCAGGCAGAUCCGAAUCAAAACUCCUUUGAGGAGUGCACCGUCGCUUGGGGCGUUUGCAACCACGCCUAUCAUUUCCAUUGCAUCUCGCGAUGGCUGAAAUCUCGUUCCGUCUGCCCGCUGGACAACCGCGAGUGGGAGUUCCAGAAGCUGGGACGAUAACUACAGCUCCUUACUAUAUGUAUGUGUCAGUGGUGUGUAUGGGUAGUGCAUGCUUGGUGGUUGGGUGGUGCUCAAGUAAUAAGAAAUCGUUGUGCUGACUCAACGUUCUGAACUUUA